CAUAAAUGAAAAUGUUAAUAAUUUUUGUAAAAUUGCUUUAUUUAUAAACUUGUAUGCACUUUACAUUCGCAGAAUGUCUUUCGUUCUUAAAAGAAAUGUAAUUUAAAAUACAUAGAAUCCCACAACCAUGUUUCCACCCACGCCCAUGCAGCCCGCAUUUUCAGAAAGGAAAGCGCUGCCAAUCACAGCGAAACGCCCAACAGCUGAUACCCCCAGCCAAACUUUCGACCUUUGGAUUUUGGAUCUUGCUUAAUUUUGAUAUUGCUGCUCUGUGGUCACAACAUGAAUAUGGAUCGUCUGGUGCAGUUGAACAAUCAGGCUGGCGGCCGGGACAAGAUCGCCCGGCUUAUUCAGUAUGCCUCGCGGGCGAUGUGGGACUCCUUGGAGUCCGCCAACUCCAGUCCUGCGCUGGUGGAUAACUUCAAGACGAUCGAAUACAUCCUGAGCACCUUCCGGAAGCUGCUCCGUUUUGGCAAAUGUGUCGAUGUGUUCUACGGCACCCUGAAGACCAUCCACUAUCCGGAUCUUACCAUUCGGGUUACGCUCACCCUGAGCAAGCUGUCGCAGUCGUUGUUUCUCUUUGCCGACCAUUUUCUUUGGCUCGCCAGGACAGGACUAACGGCGGUAAACGCUAAGCGCUGGUCCAGCAUCGCCAACAAAUACUGGCUCUUUUCGAUCAUCAUGAACCUCUGCCGCGAUUUCUACGAGAUCCUAAGGGUACUGGACCUGCAUCGAUCUGGCUCCAAGGGCGGAAUCUCGCGAUGCCGCAUCCCAACGAGCAUCAACUCGCCGGAGGACUUCAAACGCCUCGCUCUCCAGUCCUACGUCCUGAUGCAGGGACACAAGGACAUUGUUGUGGACACGGUGAAGAAUGUGUGCGACUUCUUCAUACCCCUCACGGCUCUGGGCUAUACAAGUCUCACGCCCCGGACAAUAGGACUCCUGGGGGCAAUUUCAUCGCUGGCCGGUCUGUGGGCUCUACUAGAACCCAAGGCCAAGCUAACGCCCGCAUAACACCUGAUAUUGGAAACCUCGUAGAUAGGGGCUCCUAUUCCUUGUAUUUUAAUUGUUGUAUUGUAUUAGUAGUUGUGGUCGGAUUAAGUUGAAAGAUAAACGAACGAUUUUAUGAAA